CCAAUAACUAACUCUUUCUUCCUUCCCGCCAUAAAACAAAACCAGAGCCACCACCUCUUAUUUUUCUUGUUCCCCAAAACAAACUUAGGAACAGAAAUCACAACCACCCUUCUCAUUUUUAUUUUAAACUUGGCACAACCCUCCAUCCCCUCCAUCAGAAAUCACCUUUUUCUCUUCUUCUUUUUUUUUUUGGGAGUUUGAUUCUGAUUUUAUUCUUAACUUGACACAACCCUUCAUCCCCUCCAUCAAAAACUAUCUUUUUCUUUUUGCUGUUUUUGGAGUUUGAUUCUGAUUUUAAGAUUUUUGGUUGAUGGGGAUGUUUGUGAGAGCAUCUGCAGCCAUUGCUGUGGCAUGGUUGGCUUUGUUUGAAGGAUUUUUCGGGUUAGUUAAUGGCAGUGAUAUUAACUACAAGGAUGCUCUGACCAAGUCCCUUAUUUUCCUCGAGGCACAGAGAUCAGGGAAGCUUCCUGCCAAUAAUAGGCUACCUUGGAGAGGAGACUCGGCCCUUGAGGAUGGAAAACUCGUAAAUGCGGAUCUUGUUGGAGGAUAUUAUGAUGCAGGAGACAAUGUGAAGUAUGGGCUUCCCAUGGCUUUCACUGUUACCACUCUUUCAUGGUCAGCUAUCUUUUAUGAAUCAGAGUUGAAAGCAACUGGUGAGCUUGAAAAUAUGAGAGAUGCGAUCAAGUGGGGCACAGAUUAUUUUCUCAAAGCGUAUCCUCGGAAAAAUAGAUUGUAUGUGCAGGUGGGAGACCCGGUACAAGAUCAUCAAUGUUGGAUGAGACCCGAAAACAUGGAGACGCCAAGGACAGUGUUGAUGAUAGAUGAUAAAAUGCCUGGAACAGAGAUUGCAGCUGAAACUUCUGCUGCCAUGGCUUCUUCUUCUAUUGUAUUUAGAGGUGUUGAUCGUGCCUAUGCUCGUAGGCUCCUCAACAAAGCCAAACUGCUUUUUGAGUUUGCCAAAGCACAUAAAGGAACUUAUGAUGGAGAAUGCCCUUUCUAUUGCUCCUUCUCAGGCUACAAUGAUGAGCUAUUGUGGGCAGCAACAUGGCUAUACAUUGCCACAAGGAAGCCAAAAUACUUGAAAUACAUACAGGAAGAAUCCAUAAGUGCAAGUGUAGCUGAGUUUAGUUGGGACCUUAAGUAUGCUGGAGCCCAAAUCCUCCUCUCUAAGUUUUAUUUUGAAGGGGAGAAGGGCUUAGAGACAUUCAAGAACCAAGCUGACAGUUUCAUAUGUUCAGUGCUUCCUGAUAGCCCCUACCACCAGAUUUACCUCACUCCAGGUGGCAUGGUACAUUUGAGAGAUGGUGCCAACACCCAGUAUGUUACGGGGACAGCCCAUUUGUUUGCUGUGUACAGCAAUAUACUUGCUCAAUUCAACCAGAAGGUUGUAUGCGGUGGUCAACAAUUUGACCAUACUCACCUCAUGGCCUUUGCCAAACAACAGAUGGAUUAUUUACUAGGAAAAAACCCGGAAGGAAGAUCAUACAUGGUUGGAUUUGGAAACAACCCCCCAACACAAGCACACCAUAGGGGAGCCUCAGUUCCAAAACUGCCUCAAGGCUCCACAGUGAGUUGUGCCAUGAGCUUUGUGUAUUGGUUCAAUAAGAACGACGCAAACCCUAACGAGCUAACGGGUGCCAUUCUCGGUGGCCCCGACCGCAACGAUAACUUCGACGAUAAACGUUGGGACUCAUCCAAGACCGAGCCAUGCACGUACGUGAAUUCGCUUGCGGUUGGUGUGCUAUCACACUUGGCCAUGCACAACGCUUAACUCAGAGAUGAUGUAUGUGAAAUAUUUGAAAAAAGAUUUGUUGUAGGCUUCAUGUUUGACUUUUUGAUGGGCAC